AUGGCUUAUGUUGAGCUUGCUCCUUUGGCUGUCUUGAUGCUUGCCACAAUUUUAAUAUUUUCGAUGAAGAGGGUAGAAGCUACGAAUUGUUGGGGUAGAUGUGCACCAUUUCAGUAUCCAACAUGCGGCUAUCCAGAUGAUUGUCGGUGUAUUCCAUGGUUACUAGUUGGGGGUCAGUGUAUUGAUCGAUUUUAUUCUAAAUCAAUUGUAAAGAUGGUUGAAGAACAUCCUUACUUAUGUCAAUCUCAUGGCGAUUGUGUUAAGAAGGGCAAUGGAAACUUCUGCGGUAGUUAUCCUAAUUCUGAAAUCCAAUAUGGCUGGUGUUUUUCCUCCAAAACUAAAGCUGAACACUUUUUCACCAUUGGCUCUAAGCUUGCUGCAAAUGAGCUCUUCAAUAUUAACUCUAACUCUAAAGCAAUUGGCUUUAACCUUGCUGUAAAUGAGCUCUUUAAUAUUAGCUCUAACUCUAAAGCCAAAGACUUUCUAAAGAAGGCUAUGGAAAUUUACACUUAA